AUGCUUGAACGAACGGCUGCCGGCCUUGAAACGCGCAGCCUCCAGCGCGCCAUAAGGCAAUCGCACACAACCAAUCGAUCUCGCCAGCUGCGCACCGGCUUCUGGCAGCAUGGCGCCUCCGCAAUCGAGCUCGCCAGCGCCUUGCCCAGCUCGUCGCGAGCUGUCGAUGUCGAGGCCGCGAGCUCAGAUAUAAUCUCCCGUCAGCUGCAGCCGACAUUGGUUGCUUCGGCCUUUAUGCUCGACUUCCUCUAUCCGACUUCGACUCUUCCGCUGCUUCGCCAGAUAUACCCCAAGCUUCCCAGCUCCCAAGCUGGGCAACGGACAGCUGUCGUAACACAGACACGGCCGUACUCUUCAGAGCCUUCCCCGCCCUCGGACGAAGGACAAGACGCAAGCACACGACUCGCCUCGAACACUUCCAAGAACAAUGGGAACAAGUCGGAACUUGAGGAAAUCCAGGAGCUUCUGGAGGCGGAUGGACAUGAGUAUCAAGAUGUCUGGGAUUUAUACUGUGGAAUGGACAAUGACCAGCGACGUCCUGUCCGGGGAUCGGUAGUCGAAUAUCUCUCUAAAUCUCACGGAGUCGUCGAGACAGGGAGAGCAGUUUCCGUCUUUCGACAAAUACCCUCGGAGGAAUGGACAGAGUCACUCUUGACAGCGGGAAUCAUUCUGUUGCUUCGCGCUGGUGAUAUGCCGUCGGCUGUGGAGUACUUCAGAAAGGGACUUAAAGAGACGGGAUUCAGCAAUGGCCUCGAGUAUCUCAUUGCAGACGCCAUGAGCUCGCAAAAGUGGGCAGAAACCCUCCAGGUCUGGAUCACAUACUGCGAGGAACAGCGCAAGAAGUCACCAGGGAGACCGCUCAGCACUGAGCGGCUUCAGCAGCUCGAAACUCUUCCCAACCAAGGAGACCUCUACUUCGCCUUCCGCCAGUAUCUUGUCACAGAAGAAGGCGCCGAAUACUACAAGAAGAUCCAGACCGACGAGGUUUCCAACCUUGCUUUCCGCAUCUUUCGGAGACACUUUGCAAGGAUGGCACUGUGGGAACCCUGCCGUCCGGAGCAAGCUGCCAUCAUCCUCGAAACAUUAAACGAUGCCGAUCUAUACAACGAUUACUUUGUUCGCAUGUUUGAUCGCUGGUACGAGAAACAAGAGGUUCGCGCCACCAUUCAAAAGCUUCCUGUUCUCUACCAGAAGUUCCGAGAGCUCCCUGGUGCCGUACCCGCCAUGCCUGUCUUGCGUGGCAUGUUCAAGAUCAACUUUCCCAAGAACACACCCAGACUUGAGGAGCUGCGCCAGGAUUGGAUCAGAACCAAGGGUGGCCUGAACCAAUGGGGCUACGAGAAAUUCAUGAAGCUGUAUGCUUCACAGGGUGAUGUCCAAAAAACGCGAGACUUGUGGAACCAGUACGCUAAAGAGUUCCCCGAGAUGCUCAAAACCACGCGCGGCUUUAGAAGCCCCCUGAAUGCUUGUGCCCAAGCUGGAGAUCUCCAGGGUGCCUGGGCCGAGCUUGAGAAGAUGACGGAGGAGUACGGGGUGAGACCGGAUAUCGACAGUUGGAACACGGUGCUCAAAGCUCACAUGCGAGUGAGCGACUACGAUGGCGUCAUGAAAUGCUUCGAUGAGAUCUCGCAGAAUUACAAGCCGGAUCCCUUCACUUACGCUCAUGUCAUGGCGAUGAGUGCUAAGAAGGGAGACCUAGACACGACCCUGGAAUUCCUGAGCCGGUCCCAGCAGAUCGGAAUACCCAUCAGCAAGGAGAUGGCACUGGCUCUGGUGGUAGCAUAUUGCCAGAACAACCUCCUCUCCGAGGCAGAGAGCCUGUGUAUCGAACUGACUGAGCGCAAGCUUACUCACUCAGCCAUCUGGAACCAGCUCAUCAACUUCUACGGCGUCGAGGGCAAGAUUGACAAGGUCUACGACCUGCUCCGGCAUAUGCGAGAGUUCAACGUGGAAUGGGACGACGAAACUUAUGGCUUCCUUCUUCAAGCUCUCGUCAAGGUCAACCAGAUCCAUCCCGCCUACUCACUCUUGAAGCGGGCCGAUGAGGAGCAGCUCUUCCUCGUUACGCCGGAGCAUUUCGCCAUCGUCAUGGCGGGAGCCGCGCGCGUUGGCGAGUAUGAACUAGUUGAGAAAAUCCACGUUCGUCUUCAAAAGUCGGAGAUGCCCGUCACCUUUGGAGCUCUCGUUGCGCUCGUCAGCGCCGCUGCCAAGCGGAAGCCUGGAGAGCAACGGACCAAGAAUCUGGCAAAUGAGUUUGUCGAACAUUUCCGCAAGUCUGUGGAAGCGUCCAAGACCGCCGGCCGCCACGCAACUGUCGCCAGCGGCCUCGAUGAUGCGGGCAACAUUAAUCGGCUAAGAGAGGAGAGCCAGCAUGUUGGAAGAGCUAUUGCGCUUCUUGUGGAGCUCCGUGAACUUGGUUCCGCUGAAGAGCUCAUGAGCCUGUUUGCCCAAGUGUUCCCCCAGUACCAGAGCCAGGACCAGUUCCCCCCUACUGUGGUGUCGGCCCUGAUGCUUGCGCACUACAAGGAAGAAAAGUACGACGAGGUCCUGGAGCUUUGGGACAAGGCCUGGGAGCGCAUCCUAGAGUCCAGCAAGAAACCCUCGGGCGAGGGAGUCUUUGCUGGCAGCGAGUAUGACCUCUCUCGCAUUAUGAAUGUCGUCCUGAGGGUGUACAAGGAGAAGGGUGACGCCCAGGGGCUCUCGGACAGCAUUGACAAGGUGGUGGGCGCAGGCUUCAAGCUUACAAGGGCCAUCUGGGCGUUGGCUAUCCGCAACCUGACUGAGCUGGGCAGAUGGGAGCGGGCAAUGUACUGGUGCGAGACCAUGCUCAUGCCAGGCUGGACAGGAUGGAACCCGCAACGAUCCAACAAGGAGAAGCGUCAGCUCCAAAACACGCGUAUCCUCAAGGCGCCCAAGAACGUUGUUUACCGCCUACAGCAGGAUUGGCUCGAGAAGCGCAAGAUGGCAGCGUGGUCCGAAGACAUCUCGCGCCAGGUCUCCAGCGUCGAGGAAAAGUACCCCCGUCUGCACCACGCCUUCACCACCUCUGAGAUCGAGAGCAUGCCUACCACAUAUGUGAUCGACGGCAAGGAGGUGUCUGCCCGUGACCUCGACAAGGUCCUGCAGACCAUGUCCUACCAUGAGCUGAUGAAGGUCAAGGAGGCCCUCCUUAAGGAACUAGCCAAGGAGAAGAAGCGUGAGUCGAGCCUCGGCGUCACGCCCGACCCCAGGAGCCCCACAGACAUACAGGAGUGGAAGAGCAUGCUGCACAACAAGGUCCGACGGUACGCAGCCAUGUGGGCCAAGCGGCGCAGGGAGCAGGCCACGAAGGAGCAGGGCGCAGAUGAGGUUGGCGAGGUCAAGAUCGAGGCCAAGGACCCUAAGCCAGAGACCCCGGACCAGCAGGCCGCCCGCGAGCGGUUCAGCUACUGGAACGACUUCUGGGACCGGUACGAUCAGCGCCCUCACCGUAACAUCCGCCAGAAGAAGACCUUCUCGAAGAAGAACCACCACGGCGCCAAGACGCGCGGAAAGAUGGACAGGAGCAAACCUCCUCCCCUUGCCCGGGAGGUAGUCGAGUAA